AUCAAAUGCGGCGUGGAGGAGACUCUGAAAGCGGACAGCAACCCGGACAGCCCCCCCCGCAGGGAACUGGUUCUGUUCGACAAGCCCACCCGCGGGACCUCCAUGGAUGAAUUCAAGGAGAUGCUGGGAAAUUUCCUAAAGGCCAACUUGGGGGAGCAGGUGUCCCUCACUGCCUUGGUGAGUCAGAUUCUGACCAUGGCCGACGUCAACAACGACGGGAAGGUGUCGCUGGCCGAAGCCAAGUCCAUUUGGGCUCUGCUCCACCUCAACGAGAUCCUGCUGAUGCUUUCCCUGCGGGAGAAGGAGCACACAUCUCAGCUGCUUGGCCACUGCGGGGACCUGUACGUGACGGAGAAGAUCCCCCACGAUUCCCUCUAUGGCUCUCAGAUCCCCGGGUUCCUCCAGACUCUGCUGCCGUCCCCCGUGCACCGACUCGUCCACCAGUGGUGCGCCCCCGCCUGGCCGCGGAGGGCCAAGAUCGCCAUCGGCCUGUUGGAGUUCGUGGAGGAGAUAUUCCACGGAACCUACGGCAGCUUCUUCAUCUGCGACUCCAGCUUCAAGAACAUCGGCUACAACGAGAAGUACGACUUCAAGGUGGUGGACCUGCGGAAGGUGGCCACCGAAAUGACCAUCCGUGGUUUCCUCAAGGGGCGCCACUGCGAGCAGAACUCCGACUGCACCUUCGGGAGCGACUGCACCGCGGCCUGCGACAAACUUAUGAAGCAGUGCCGGAACGACGUCAUCCAACCCAACCUGGCCAAGGCCUGCCAACUGCUCCAGGACUACCUGCUCUACGGCUCCCCCUCUGACCUAAGGGAGGAGCUACAGAAGCAGCUGCGGACUUGUAUGACCCUCAGCGGCUUGGCCAGCCAGAUGGAGGUCCACCAUUCUCUCAUCUUGAACAACCUCAAGACUCUGCUCUGGAAGAAGAUCUCCAACACCAAAUAUUCCUGACUGAUCAUUCCCCACCGAGGGCUACAAGGUCACAGGAACCCAACGAGACAAGAGAACAUCUUCAUUUUCUUUGAAGGACCUGCAGAGGUGGCUAUGGUUGGCCGGUUGAGGCUCUUGUUUGGGAUUGCAGGCUGAACCAUUGUUACGUCUGGAUUUGCAGGCUGAACCAUUGUUUUUGGUCUUAAUUGCAGGCGGAACCGUUGUGACAUUUGGUUUUGCAGGCUAAACCAUUGUGACAUUCUUGAUUUGUAGGCUGAACCAUUGUGACUUCUGGAUUUCUAGGCUGAACCAUUGUGACUUCUGGAUUUCUAGGCUGAACCAUUGUUUUUAGUCUGGAUUUCAGGCUGAACUGUUGUUGCAUUUGGAUUUGCAGGCUGAGCCAUUGUGACGUUCUUGAUUUGUAUGAUGAACGAUUGUGACAUCUGGAUUUGCAGGGUGAACCAUUGUUUUUGGUCUGGAUUUGUAGGCUGAACCGUUGUGACAUUUGGAUUUGCAGGCUGAACCAUUGUUUUCGGUCUGGAUUUCUAGGCUGAACCAUUGUUUUCGGUCUGGAUUUCUAGGCUGAACCAUUGUUUUCGGUCUGGUUAUGUAGGCUGAACUAUUGUGACGUCUGUAUUUGCAGGCUAAACCAUUGUGACGUCUGUAUUUGCAGACUGAACCAUUGUGACAUCUGGAUUUCUAGGCUGAAUCAUUG